AUGAAGGGUCUCAAUUACGAAGACUUCUGCAUCGAUCUAGGCGUAAAACUGCCGGAGGGGAACAAACCUCCAAAGUUUGAGUUGUAUAAUGGAACUGGAUAUCCUGAGGCACAUCUACGUAUGUACUGUGACAAACUAGCGGGUGUAGGGAAGAAUGAGAAAAUUUGGAUAAAGCUAUUUAUGAGAAGCCUCAUGAGAGAGACUCUAACAUGGUACAUUGAACAAGAUAUGAAAAAGUGGAUAGGUUGGCUUAACUUGGCCUCUAGCUUCAUCGAUAUAUUUGGGUACAAUAUCGACAACGCUCCUAGCUGGACUUAUAUGCAGGCAAUGAGGGAGAAACCAAAUGAAUCCUUCCAUGAGUAUGCCAUGAGAUGGAGGGCUGAGGCUACGAGAGCUUGGCCUCUAGUUGAAGAGCAACAAAUAAAGGAAUAUUUUGUCAAGCUGAUCGAUACUAAGGUGAUUCAGUUGAAGGACCCAAAACCGAACAUCAUCAACAAUCCUCUCCCUACUCAUGAGGUAAAUAUGAUCGAUGCUGAAAACAAUAUAGACUUGGAACAUUCUAUUUGGGUUAUUGAAAAGGGAGACAGUACUCCUAUCAGUGUACGGAAGCAGGCACCAUUUGACGUCCAGGUUGCCAUGCCCAAAGCUCCCUCCACUGUUGUGAGAGCUACCCUAGCUACAUACAAUCCUCAUGCAGCUGAAUGGAAUUAUACACUCAAUAUUUUGGGGAAAGCAAAGAUAGUUGAGAUAGAUAUUGCACAAAGGGUGACCAGAUCAAGUAGAAUAUACACACCUAAAAACUUAUUUCAGGGAAAUUCUAGUAAGGGAAAGCAACCUACCAUCGGGGUUGAAGAAUAUAGCAUUUUCAAGAAAUUACAGGCCAAGGAGUAUUUCGUGGCUGAGUAG